CCGAAAACCCCAUAUAUUUCGUUCAAUCUCGAUACAUCAUCAUUUGCUGUUGCAGUUUUGCAGGUAUAUAAACAGAGUCUAGAAAUUUCCAUCCUCCACAAAUACUCGAACCAAAAUAGCUCUGAGAAAGUAACACAUCAGAAGUGUGAGAGAUGGUGUGGUUUCAGUGCGAGGAUUGUGGAGACAAUCUAAAGAAACCCAAGCUCCCCAAUCACUUUAGAAUGUGCUCUGCUUCCAAGUUAUCGUGCAUUGAUUGUGGGCAAAUAUUUGGACAGCAAACCGUUGAAAGUCACACUCAGUGUAUUAGUGAAGCGGAAAAAUAUGGUCCAAAAGGUCAGGGGAAAUCUUUGAAUGAAGUGAAUGCAAAACCUAAAAAUGAUUCAAAGCCAAAACCAGAUUUUGAUGUAAAUGUUGGGUUGUCCGAACGCUCUCCAUGGUUCUGUAGCUUAUGUAAUACUAAGGCUACCAGUAGGCAAACCUUGCUUCUCCAUGCAGAAGGAAAGAAACACGGGGCUAAAGCAAGAGCUUUCCAUGCGGCAAAGCAGCAGCCUAAAGAUGCAAAAGAAACCAAGGCUUCUGUUGAAAACAAUGUCAGUAAUGAAAAUGCUGACAUUAAAGAUUUGGUGGAACCUAGAGAACCAAGUUCGUCUAAAGUUGCUACUGUGCAUGAUGGUACUGGAGUGGAAAAUAGUUCUUUGCAGUCAAGUAAGAAGAGAAAACAUGAGGCAUCUGAAACUAAUGGUGCUCAGAAGAAGGCUGGGUGUGUUAUGCCUUCAGAAUUAGGUAAUGGUGAAGUUAUUCAAGUUGAAAGAGCAGAGAAGAAAAUAAAAUGGAAAAAGCUUAUAACAGCAGCUCUUAAAUCUAAUCCAGAUGGCGCUCUGAAAUUUAAAAAACUUAGGAAAUUGGUCCUGAAGUCUCUCAGGGAUUCUGGUUCCACAGACGACAAAACCCGCGUUUCUGAAAUGCUUGAGCAGAAAGUCAAUUCAAGCUCUAGAUUCACUGUUGAUGGGAAAUACGUUCGUCUAGCAGCCAGCAGCUAAGGCUGGGCCUUACCUCCUGUAGAAUAAGUUCUCACUGAAAUUUGAUUUAUUGAAGUUCUCCCUUUUUGCUGCUGCUGCUGCUGCUGCUGAUCAUUGAUCACUUAUUAAAUUGUGAGAUACCAUGUUAUUAAAUUGUUUUGACAAGAUCACGAGUUUUCAUCUGGUUUAAUGCAAAUAUUGAGCAAAAACUUUCUCUGAGUUU